UAGCGUCCCAGAAUCACCGUUGCCCUCGUUUCUCAUUUCGGCCACUCUUCCAAAGCCCUCACCGAAGUCUUUUUCGCCUUCGCAGGCAAAGGAGGUUUGUGGAAUUGAAUUGAGCCGUUUGCCAAGAGGUAUCGAAGGUUGAGAUUAUGGAAAGUUCGACAUCAACUGCAGCGUCUGGUUUGAGCAAUUUUCGUUUGCUGUUUGUGGAGAUGGGGACGGGAUACGAUCAACAUGGACAGGAUGUCACUUCAGCUGCUGUAAGAGCUUGCAAAGAUGCGAUUAGCUCGAACUCCAUCCCUGCGUUUCGAACUGGUGCAUUACCCGGAGUUUCUUAUCAGCAAAUGAAAUUGAGGGUAAAGCUUGGAGUUCCUCGCUCUGUGCAGAAAGAGCUGGAUGUUGAAAAAGUGAAGGCUGUUUUCCCGUACGGCGAGAUCCUGGAAGUGGAGGUUGUGGACGGAGGGCUCAUUUGUUCAAGUGGUGUAGCUUUGGAGGCUAUGGGAGACAAGAAUGACGAUUGUUAUUUGGUUAACGCAGCUGUGUACGUUGGGUACUAAAGUGGAUGUGGUCACAACUGCUAGAGAAAACCGUUACUGAAUGCACCAUACUAUAGUUCAUUUUAUUUAAGGCUUCUAAUAAUCGUUGUCUUCACUAGCCUGAUGUUUUCAAGAUUUUAACUUCGGUGCAUAGUGUAUUUUAGUUUUGAAAUGAUGACCUUCAUACUAGUGAAUCAUCAGCUUAAAACCUCUGAAUUCACGAUCCUAUAGGCUCAUUGUUUGAUUGAAAGUAGAUAAAAACAUCUUUGUGGCAUUGUUCUAUGGGUGCCACUUAGAGGUCGUUUUGAGACACAUUGUGUUACAAGUAUCAACCUUUUCUGUAUGAUCAUGGAACAUAUCAGGCGCACCUCAAUACCUGGCCUUCGCCACUCCGUUACCA